UGAUGCCUAAAUCCCGUUUGGUGCUGCUGGCGGGAAAGACAGAAAAGCUGCUCUCAGGCUGACAAGCCUUAGACAGUGUCUCCUCCGCAUGCUUGUGUAGAGAUUUACAGGGGUAAUAACACCAGACUGUAGUUGAAACAAAAAGGUGUAAAUCCGUGUAAAACUGUGAGGAAAGAGUAAAGCAAUGGGGAGAAAAAAAAUCUAUGAGGAAGGAGUAAAUCUUUAUGUUACAGGUUGCUGAGUGCAAGAAUGCUUAAUUGAAGGCUGUUGUGUGUUUUUUCUAAAGCACUCAAGUUCUGAACUUCAAGAAGCAAGAAUGUUCUUGAGUUGAAGCAAAAUCUUCCUGCAUGGACACAUCAUCUGAUUUUUACUGGGCAGCUGGGAGGGAAAGAGGGCACUUACAUCAAGUUUUCCCUUUUGUAUUCUUUCAUGCAGGUAACUCUCCACUGGGCAUCAAGCUCAUUGAAGCACCAGUUGCAGAGGCAGACAUGAGAAGAGCUGUGUCGGGCUCCCAAGGUGACAUACUGGUCUGAAGAUGUGUUGCUGUGCCGUUCUGUGUGAGGGCACUGGUUAGUUGCAGCUUAACAUAGGGGAAGCCCUGUCGCAAAUGUAGGAAGAAGAUGGGGCUCCUUUUACUUCUAAUAAUUUGCCAGUGUGCUGUAAACAGUGUCAAAACACACAGUGUUUCGAAGCCCAAUAUAAUUUUACUGAUGGCUGAUGAUCUUGGUAUUGGAGACCUGGGAUGUUAUGGGAACAGAACCUUAAGAACCCCUAAUAUUGACAGGCUAGCAGAGGAAGGAGUGACACUUACUCAGCAUAUAGCAGCAUCCCCACUUUGUACGCCAAGCAGGGCAGCUUUCCUGACAGGGAGAUAUCCUAUAAGAUCAGGAAUGGCUGCCUUCUCACGAGUUGGUGUCUUCUUAUUUUCUGCUUCUUCUGGGGGACUUCCUUCUGAAGAAAUAACUUUUUCCAAACUUCUGAAGCAGAAAGGUUAUGCAACAGCUCUAAUAGGAAAGUGGCAUCUUGGGAUGAACUGUGAAAGCAGUAAUGACUUCUGUCACCACCCCCUCAGUCAUGGAUUUGAUUACUUUUAUGGCCUUCCUGUGACCAAUCUUAGAGACUGCAAGCCUGGCCAAGGCAGCGUAUUUUUAAAAGGGGUUCAGAAAGGCCUUGUCAUCCCAAUCCAAAUCACUGGAAUCGCCCUUGUGUCUUUGGCAAUAGUGCAGUACAUUGGCCUUCUCAAAGUACCUUUCCAAGCAUUGAGUUACUUCUUGUUAAUAAUCACAAUUUCACUUGUGGUUUUGAUUUUUUUCUUCUAUAAUUUUCGACACCUAAACUGCUUUUUAAUGAGGGACCAUCAGAUUAUACAGCAGCCACUGUCCUAUGAGAAUCUUACUCAGAGGCUGACAAAAGAAGCCAAGCAGUUUAUUGAAAGGUAGGUUUCUAACUGUGUUGUAAGUUAAUGUUGGCAUUUCAUAAUGGC